AUGAAGCCAACCAUCCUCCCCCUAAUCCUCCUCCCCUUCGCCCUGGGCAUGCCCGCCGCCACCACCACCGCCAUCACAGACCGCGACCCCGCGGUGGCAGCCCAGACCUACACCCCGGCGGUGGCAGCAGCCCAGACCUCUACUACCGCAGCGCCCGCAGCAGACCAGCACGCUGCGCGCCACAUGCCGCCCAUGAUGAGGCGUGGCCCGCGGCCCGGCAUGGGCGUCGGUAUGGCAGGCAUGGCAGGCAUGGCGCCGCGCGUCGCCCCCGUCAUGGCCGCGCCCGCGCCCGCGGCCAAGCGCGCCGAGGGCGACCCGGUCGACGACGGAACUGAGACUGAUGACGACGACACCGACACCGACGACGAAGCCGGCGCUGCCCCGCCCAAGCCUGCCCUGGCCAAGCCUGCCCCGGCCAAGCGCGGUGUGGGCGACCCGGUUGAUGGAAUCAUUGAUGAUGAUGACGAUGAUGAUGAUGAUGAUGGAAUUAUCGACGACGGCAUCAUCGACGACGACGAUGACGGAAUUAUCGAAGCCGGAAUCAUCGACGACGGCAUCAUCGACGACGACGACGGAAUCAUUGACGACGGCGUUGACGAUGGAAUCAUCGAUGACGACGGAAUCAUCGACGGUGACCCCGACACUGUCGCUGCCGCUGCCUAG